AUGGCUGAGUGGAGAUCACAGUUCCAAGGGACUGCCUGGAUUGGCAGACCAAGUGUGAAGCUCUACUUUGAUGACAUCUUUCCUGAGAUGGAUAGCUUCGGGAGAAACUUCUGUCUAAAUUUCCUUGUAGCAUUCUUCACUAUAAUUGGGCAUGCAGGAUGUGGAAUUUGUCAUCUACAAUCUUCUUGGGUUCUCCAUCUUCAUAGCCAAACAAGGAACAAUUCUAUUGUUAAGAUCAAGAAGAUAGAAAACACAACGAAUAGGCAAGUUACGUUCUCAAAACGAAGAAAUGGGCUCAUCAAGAAAGCUUAUGAACUGUCUGUUCUAUGUGAUGUGGAUGUUGCACUCAUCAUGUUUUCCCCCUCCGGAAGAGCUAGCAUUUUCUCCGGAAGUAGAAGUAUCGAAGAAAUUAUCUCACGAUACAUAAAUCUUCCGGAGCAUGAAAGGGGAAGAUUGCAGAACCAAGAGUACCUCGAAAGGGCGUUGGGAAGGUUAAAAAGCGAAGCGCAAGAUCACCAAAUUCAGAACCAAGCAAGUCCAUCGAGCGGGGAUUCACAACUUGAGGAAAUUCAACAAGAGAUCGUCCGCUGCAAAUCCCAUAUGAUAGAAAUGGAGAAGCGGCUCAGGAUAUUUGAAGGGGAUCCUUCUGAAAUUUCAACAUUGUCUGAGGCCGAGUAUCGGGAACAAAUGCUUGAGGAGACUUUAAGGCAUGUUCGUCUGCGCAAGCACGUUCUAGAGAAGUACAACUCUGCCAAUGCACAGUCAACUUCACAGGUUGCUUUGCCUUCUGAGACGAUAAACGUUAACAUGGUUGCACCAAACUCAGGCAACAUAUUCGACUGGCUUCCACCAAGAGAUCCACAAGUACAAAUAAUGAAUUUCAUGAACUUUGGUGGGCUUCUUCCCGCGAGCAGGCAAAAUGAGCAAGUGAACCGAGCUAAUGUGAUGGAGCCUGAUAAUAACAGUGUUAAUGUUCAACGAGCUGAGUUUGGACAAAUGUUCGAUAUGAACUUAUCCCCUUGGACACAAUUCUAUGGUAGCGGAAAUGGCCAGAUGGCGAUGGCACAACAUGGAGAACGGCCAUACAGUCAGACUUUCCUGCCGCCGUUUUCACCAUAAAUCAAAAUCAUAGUUUAAGUUUGUGUUAAUGCUCCUAUAAAACUCCUAGUUGUCGUGUUUGCGCUUUUUAUAUUUCUCUAUCGGAUGUUGAACUCUUAGCUAUAUAUAUAUGUUAUGUUAA